CAAUGAAGUACUUCCGGUUCAAAUUAAAGGUCACUCAAGCGUUUGUAAUCUAUCCAUUCUGUCAUCUGUAGUAGAUAAUUUUCAUCAAAUUCACGAUAAUGUGAUGGAUUCAUGUGCCAAAGGAGGGAUCUAGGAGGACAUUGAUUCUAGUUUGAGGAGAUGAUGGGUCGAGAGGAAACUGUGUCACAGUGAGGCGCUCGUGAUGGAGUUUGGGGUGGCAGCCAUCGAGAGGAAGUACUAACAUGGCUAUGUUACGCAGCGUUUUUGGUGGCUGUGUUUCUGACAGAAGUGCGGAGACAAUGCGUCUUAAAAAACUGAAAUUUGGUGCUCCAAUCUCCACAGCUCUGAAGAAUGGGUACCUCCCAAUCCCUCUCAUGGAACUUUUGGUGUAUAUUGCACAUGAGGGAAUGAACACUGCCGAUUUGUUUCGCCGUCCAGGAAACCCCCGAGAUACUCGACGAAUUGUCAAACGAAUGUCUGAAGGGAAACCAGUGAUUUUCCAGAAUUAUAACCUGUACACCCUAACAACAGUUGUCAAGAAGUUUUUGUUGCGGAUCCCUGAUGGUAUUUUUGGUAAAGAAGGGGAGGCCACUCUUUUGUCCGUUCUGUCACUUCAGCAUAAGAUGGAGCAGUACGAAGCUGUUCAUGCAUUCCUAACGUCACUAAGUCGCGGACAUCAACAGUUGGUAUCCCUCUUGUUUGGUAUCUGGUUCACCAUGAUCAACAACAGUCACGUUAAUUUCAUGACGACAGAGGCCUUGUCACGGAGUGUGGCGGGCAGUAUGUUUCACUCGUGCGCCACAGAUCCUGCUAUGGUGGAACAAGCUAGCCAGGUGAUGCAGAUACUGAUCGAGAACUUUGGUGUUGCCAGCAUGUUUGGACAAGAAAACAUCGAGUUCUUUGCCGAGACAACAAGGACAAGUAUCCACAUCAAAGAAAAAUUCCGCUACCAUUUCCAAUAUCCCCCCGAGGAUAUUCUACCAGGGAGAGAGGCGUUAAAAUGGUUUUGUUUGUACCUGUGUUAUGAGGCACGGGACAAAAAGUUCCAUCCUAUACAAGACGCAAUUUCAGAGGAAGGUUUUUACGAAUCGUCACGGAGACAAGACCAUGCGGAGGACAUGAUGGAGAUGGUCGACCAGUCCCCAGAUUUACGUCAUUAUCUCAGUCCCCGCGGCGAUGGAGAAUCGGCCACUCGACAACUCGCAGCCUCCACCAUCUCAGCCCCAGAAGUGUCCCUUGUACCCUCCCCCGGAGUCAUCAGUAAAAGACCAAAGUCGCUGGAGGAGAACUUGAAUGACAUAGAGGAACCUCUGCAGCCUCGGCCAAGCUUAAGCAGAUUUAAUUCAGUGAAGCGUAAACAAUUGGAGAGACUUCGUCAGCGUUCAGACUGGUUUUUAGGACCAAAUACCAACAAUCAGGGGUCAUUACCAUUAUCACCAGAUCAAAGUUCCCACUCGGACUCCAGAGCUUCGUACAACACAGACAAACUUCACAAAAAAAUGUCAGGGAAUUCUGUGACUAAAGCCUCUUCUGAGGGCACGGCCCUCGACUUUGCUUCAUCCGAUGCUGAUAGUGUGUUUUCAGAUCGAAGCGAGUCACCAGCCUCAGAACCAUUGCCUACGCCCAGUGUGACAAUAACUCGUGACAUCAUCCACAGUGACACGAUCACUGAUGUCUCCAUGGCUGAGGGCGACAUCACCAUGGAGGAAAUGGCGCCGCGGAAGGACAGCGAUGGGGAAAUAUGUGGCUCCGAGUACUGCUUUUUUGUUGUAGAGCAUAAUUACGGUGACAAAGGAUCCUAGCAACUGGAAAUCCUCCGAUCCAACAAGCAGCUAAAUCCAUGUCACCAGAUACAUUGCAAUAUUUGUUUUUGUUUUUAUAUAUUUGUGUAUUGAUUGAGAAACAAUGACUUAAAUUUAAUGCACAUUAUGUGAGAGAAAGUCGGUAUCUGUGGUCAAUGUAUGUAGUUGUUGUGAACUUCUUGAAAUUUUUUCUUAUACAUUGUAUGUUUAAAUUCACCCUUGAUUUUUAAAGGGACAAAUUUGUAUGGAUCAAAAGGUUUUUCACUUGUGAGGCAAGGGCUGUACAGGGGUAUAAUAAUUGUAUACUUUGUUGUCGCCUAACUCUGGUCUUAUUUUUAUAAAUAAUGAUGUUGUACAUGUCGCUCAGAAAGCAGUUUUUUGCCUCAUGUUUUGUUUUGUUUUACACUUAUGUUCAAGAGAACGAGAUAAAAUAAGAAACUUUCCAUUUCCCUACAUAUAUAGUAUUUUGCUAGGUUCCUUUAUUUUUCGUAGAUAAAAUUUUUAAGAAAUGCACGUCCAUUGAUGACAGAUCAGGGUUAGAAGUUUUAUUUCCUCUCAUACGACUAACACCAGCACUGAUAUACUUUCACAAAUUAGCAAUUGAUGUUACUAUUUUUUAACUUCAUAACAUCUGGAGUUGAGGGUCCAAUGUAGAAACCUUGCCUUAACACAUCAUUAUAGAGAAACAUACACAUUUAACUAAUUACUUGUAAUAAAGACAUACACAUCUGAGUACUAUGCAUUUUUUUGACACUGCUUUGAGAUCGUUUUAUUUAUAGACUUCUGGGAGUAUUCAGGUCAGAAAUAUACAUAUUAUUGCAAAUUUUUCUUGAAUUCUGCAAUUUUCUGGGGUACAUUUUUUUUUACAUAGCUUAAUUUUUUUUUAGUAUUUUAAUCCUUAGAUUUUAUGAAAAAGAACAUAUUCGGAAAACUAAAAGUUGUGAGAUAAUUUUUUUUUAAAUAAUUUACCUUUACCAUUCAUUCUCAGAGCUAUUCAUAGGUCCUUAUGUUAGUUAAAUUCUCUUUUCCAUAUAUAUUAUGAUGUGUCACAUAACACAUGAAAUAUAUGUUUGUUCAACAUGCUGACCAUAUUUGCUAUUUACUAUAAGAAAUUUAAGAAAAAUGUAAAAUCUAUCAUCCAACUUUGUGAUGUCAGUGAACAUUUUUUCUCUUGCAUGAGUUAAUGACAGCUUUUUAAUCAAAAUUGACUUUUGAGAUUUUAAAAUUGUUGUACUUUGAAUUCAUACACUUUUCUCUAACAGUGGACUAUCUGACCUUAUUCCUGAUGCCAACAUUUAAAAUUUUUUGUUUGAUGUACUCCAACCCACAUUUUUGAGAGAUUUUGGGAGAGGACUAAGUUUUUAGAACUUGUGUCCAGUCCCUUUGACAUAUUGUCAAUAAAAUAUAUUCAAAACAAACCCACAUUUUUGGAAGUGGAUAGGUAGAUAUUUUUUUAUUAUUAUCAAACACAUUGAUAAUCACAGUCUUGAAAUUUAAUGACGUUUCCAUUAGAUACAGGACAACUAGACAGAUGUUUUAUUUAUUGUUUUAUUAAUGUUCAAUUUGAAAAAAAAACACUUUGAGAAAUGAUAAGCCUCAACUUAUGGACAAUCUGUAUUUUCAUAGAAAUAAAAUAUACAGUACUGAAAAAAGGAUUGGGUCUGUCAGAGUACAUCAAGCAAAUUAUUUUGUAUUGUUGUCUUGAAUGCUGAAUAUUACUUUAACUGACUAUGAUCUGCCUAAUUAUUUAAAUUUUUCAAUAUAUAAAAAUAGUUAUGCAAGGGUUGAUGCUUCCUAAAUGUACUUUUAGGAUUACUGUUAGCUUAAGUGUAAAAUAUUAUCAAAUGGACUUUUUUGUUUUUGCUUUAAAGUGCCUCAGAGAAUAAUCAGAGUAAAACUGUAAACAGAAUUAGAAUGCCAACCUGUAACAUGUAUAUUACAAAAUCCGUGUUGACCAACCAUUGGUAGAGAAUUCCAAAUUCACGAACAAUUUAGAAGUACAAUUGUUUCCUGUUUUCUUUUUAAACAAUCCAAAGACAAAAAUAAAAACUCCUAACAUCUGAUAAUUGAUAUUUACUGGUAGGUAAAUGUGUGUUACAAUUAAUGUUUACCGGCCCCUCUGAAGUGUCUCAUGUAAUGUUACUAGUUUGUUAAUUUGUUAUUUGCUUUUAAUUUUCAUUAUCUUGCUUGUUUUUUUUUAUUCCAUUUCCAGUCUAGUCCCUAACUUUGUAUAAUAUGAUUGUAUGGAUUUAACAUUGUAAAGAGGGGAGUAUUAUGAAGCUCCCUAGUAGAUACAUCAUUAUUAUGUAUGUCUGUUUUUACUAAGAAUGGGAAGGAGUAAUUUUUCUAUUCUGUAUUAGACUAAGUGCAAUUGGAGGAUGUCUACAUAUGUACAGAAUUUUACAUUGAUAAUUCCUGUCAAGUUCAACAACCCUGUUUUCAGAAGCAGUCAUGAUUUUCAGCAUUUUCUAAAGAAAAAAGUAUAAGGUAUGGUUAGAGCUCACUUAGGCCCUAUAGUUUAUAUAAAACAUGAACUAUCUUAGACAUUGGUUAUAUUCAAAAUCAAAUUUUAAAGAAGAAAUAAUUAUUUUUUUUAAAACAAACUUCAGCAGUUAUUACAUAAUUAUGGUGUUAUAGGAACAAUAUUGUAAGCCAUUUUGUUUUUAAAAACGAAAAGUUUUCACAAGUAUAAUUUUUACUCUCCAAGUCUCUUCAUAUAUAGUUUAUAUAAUUAUGUCCCCCCUGUGCAAUAUGAAGAUGUAUGAUAAAUUUCGUAGGAAACACCUCUACUAAUUCUCAGACUAGUUAUCUGUUUUUCCUGGUACUUCAUAAUUAUCUGGUACUGCUUCUUUUAAAUACAAAAGAAAAGAGAAGUGAGGCAGAAUAUUUUCCCAUACUUCUAAAGUAGAAAAAGAAACGGUGCAUACUUUAGAAAAGGAAAAAAUCACAAGUUAUGAUUUGCAUACUGUAGAUAUAAUAUUCAAGUAAAUUCAGACUUAAUUUGACAAGAACCUGUACCUGCUUGUUCAUAUUUAAUACAGAAAGAAAAGUGUGAUAUCACAGUGUAGGUCUAUUGGACUGUCCAAAAAGUGUGAUGUCACAGUCUUAGGUCUAUUGGACUGUCCAAAAAGUGUGAUAUCACAGUUUAUUGGUCUGACCUUGAACUAGUACUCUCCAAAGUGGCCAGACCUAUGGUUAAAAACGGGAAAAAAAAAGAAGGAAAUAUGGACAUUUGACUAGAGCAUAUUCUUCAGUGCCCUUUGCAGUGGCUAAAACCCCAAUGUAUACUCAUAUCAAAUCAUUAUCAUAUGAGUGUUUAUUAUAAAUUAUUUUUUUCUAAGCAUCAACAGCAAGGGAGACAGAGGGCUCCAACCAUACCUUAUUCCUUUCAUACAAUGUGCAAUUUUAUUUGUAUCCUGUCUCAAUUUAUUUAUUGAAAUAGAUGUAAGUUAUGUAUAGCUUGGAGUAAAGUAUGUAUGAACCAUAUUACUAAUGUUUAUUUGUGUAUAAAAAUUGCUCCAAAAUUAGAUGAGUUCCCUAAUGUAUUUUAAAUUAGGGUUUUCUUCUUAAUGGCUGCUUGCGUUAUACCCUUUUCUGUGUUCUUGGAAUUAAAACUUUAUUGAGUUU